CGCUGCCAUGCCGAGCCCCCCGGGAGACCCCGAGGGGCCCCCUCGGGACUGCGUCAUCUGCUUCGCCCCCUACGACCGCCUCUUCAAGCUGCCCAAAGCGCUGGCCUGUGGCCACGUCUUCUGCCUCGAGUGCUUGGCCAGGGUCAGCAUUGCAGCCCCCGCCGCCCCCUUGCUCUGCCCCGUCUGCCGACGCCCUACAGCCGUGCCCCCCCGCCGCGGGCCCCCCGCUUUGCCCACUUGCUCCGACCUCCUGCCCCCCGACCUCCCCGCCACCCCCGGUGGCUUCGUCCGCUUCGAUCGCCCCAAGGGGCUCCUGCUCUACGCCCCCCAUCCUGGCCAGGUGCCCACGGUGACCCUCAGCCUGGAGGUGGGGGGGUCCGAGCCUCCCCCAGCCCCUCCGGGGGGCCAGAGUGGGGUGCGGUGGCCCCUCUUCAAGGCGGUGGCCGUCGCCGUUGCCCUGAUGGUGGCGGGGGGCUUGGUGCUCUGCGGGAUCUUCCUCUUCUUCCUCCUGCCCGCGGCGUGCGAGGGGGGCAGCCCGGUGACAAACAGCACCUGGGGGCAGCCAGGGUGGCCCCCCUACUAACGGGGACCCCCCCCCCCCGUGGCGACAUCAGCAGCCCCCUCCCCAUUUUAUGGGGCUGGGAUGUCUUGGGGUGCCCCUCUUGGUGGGGAAUGGGUUCCUUGCAGACCCCCCCCCCCAACUCAUACCCUUGGCCAAAUGUGGCUCUGGGUUUUUUUGGGGGGGACACCUCCAGAUUUGGGGAUGUGUGUGU